UCGAUCCAAUCUUAGAGAUUUUGGAUCCGCCGGGAUGGGCAGCAAGAGGAGCUUUGAGGACCAACAUAGGGAAGAAGAAGAAGAGCAAGAACAAGAGGAACAAGAAGAUCAAGGAAGAGUUCCAGGCGUGGGAGGAGAGGGAACAGCAAGGUAUCCCAAGAGGUUGAAUCUAAAUUCCAGACUAGAGGAAGAAGAGGAAGGCCAGGCAUUAGAACUAGAUCGAGGUGACGAUCUCGAUCAAGCUAGAAUCGUCGCUGCUGGGUGUCAAGAUCCCAAGCUGGAUCAUCGUGGUCGUCAUCACGAGCUCGAGAAUGAAGAGAUGGAGGAGGAGGAGGAGGAGGAGGAGGAUAGCAGCGCGAUCGUGACAAGGGAAUUCGAGGUGUGUGGCGAGGAGAUUAUAACUUCCUCCUCGACUUCGCCGGCGGCGGCGGCGGCGGUGGCUCAUUGUUUCCUUGGCGGGGCCACCACCAAGCUUGGAUUCUUGUCAAGGGACCUGGAUCAUCACCAUCUCUCAAAGCAAGAUCACGUCGCCAAGGCGAGAGAGCACUGGAGAUCAUCCCUCUCGUCCAGCACUUCCGUUGUGUCGGAGGGCAGCACGUCGCUGGGAUCAUCCUCAGAUCAUCAAAGCCCCGCCGCCGCCGUUGCCGCUGCUACCGCCGCCAUCGCUCCUCUCGCGCCGGUUGCUCUUCACGCUGCCAGCACUGCUGCUGAGAACCACGCGUCGAUCGCCACCACCACCACCAAUCGCCAAUUCUCUUGCACUUACUGUGACCGAAAGUUCCCAAGCUCGCAGGCGCUGGGUGGCCACCAAAACGCGCACAAGAGGGAGAGAACCGCCGCUCGACGAGCUCACGGUGCUAGGACCGCCGCCGCCACCACCACCACCACCACCACCGCUAUCACCCCCACCAUCGGUUUUCCCGGCGGAAGCUCGGGCUCCGCGUUCCACGGGUUUAACGCCGCCGCCGCCGCCAACAACAGGUCCCUGGGAGUGGAAGCCCAGUCCACCGUCGCCACGGCACCAAGUAGUCUUCACAAGAACUCCACUCUGCCAUCGUCGUCCCACCCAAACUCUGGCGAGCACCACCAUAGCUCCAGCUUCUCCGGAUUUGGAUUCCACCACCCAUCAUUGAGCGGCCUGGACUCCAAAGGUUGGUGCGCUGCUGCCAGAGCUGCUUCUUCGUUUCUCGCGGGAUCGUCGUCUCAACAGCAACACCAGCUGCAAAGAAGCCCGUCGGUCGAGAUGUUUGGUCACGGAGUUAAGUCGGGUGUUCGGUUUCAUAUCAAUGGUUUGGUCGGAGGAGCGCCGGCGGCGGAAGAGCAGCAGCACUACCAACACCAACAGCAGCAACAGCAGCAGCACCAAUGCAACCUGUCGUCGUUGAAGAACUCUGAUCCAUUCGAGGAUGACUCGGGCGAGCUGGAUCUCUCGCUGAGACUAGGAGCGAAGCGGCACUGAUGGUUUAGGAUGUCUACGUCCA